GAAAAAUAUUUAAAAAAAGUUAUACAUAAAUUAUCACUUAUUAUCUAAAGAUGCUUAGAAAAUUAAUAAAUAUUAAAAUCAGAACUGGGGUCACACAUUUUGUACGAGCACGAUCAACUUGGGACAUAAUAACAGGAGUUUGUGUGGAAAGAUUACCUGUAGUUUCACCACCACUAAACGAAAUUCAAAAAAAGUUUAAAGAUUUACUUUGGACGGUAGAAGUUGAGAAAAGUCUCAAAUCUGACCAUGAGUUACGACAUGAAAAUGACAAGGUUCAAGCUGAGUUACUUAAAAAUGAAUCUGUUGAUGUGGACCUUGACACUGUAAGUAAAAUUACUGCUCAGGACUUUGAAGAUGCAUCUAAUGAUGAACUGGCUAAGUUCAAAUUCGCUGAUGUUGUUACAGAAGCCGACAAAAAGGGCGACAAAUCAACACACGACAGGCACCUCCAGAGACACUUGGUGUUAGUGAAGCCCAUUACUUUAGGCCAAGAUACCAAAACCUUGUUACCUCAGGGACAUUGGUCAGAGGGAGAAACAUUGAGACAGACUGCAGAACGAGUUGUCAGAGAAAAUUUUGGAACAGAACUCAAAGUAAAGUUCCUAUCAAAUGCUCCAUGCGGAUUUUAUAAAUAUAAAUACCCCAGUGAAAUAAAUGGAAAAGUUGGCGCCAAAGUAUUCUUCUACUAUGCGCACCAUGAGGCAGGCGAAGUGGAUAAGAAGACCAAAGCGAACUGGCUGACACGGAGCGAGAUGACACAGGUGCUGCCAGACAAAUACAACAAGUCCGUACAGAACUUUCUAAUUGAGGAAUCUUAUUAGUUUAUGUAAAUAUUUAGUUUAAAAUUAGUGUAGCAAUAAAUAAGGGUUAAUUUUUAAA